UCUCUUUUUCUCACAAGGCUAUAGUUCAAUAUUCCACACAUAUCCUGUCUCCAAAUCCCGGCUCUGGGCUCCUCGACGCCAGGACACUCCAACUGUUGCAAGCCACUGCUCUGGAGUGUGGACUGGGACUUGGUCCGGAUCCAGGUCUAGAUCUGUCUGCACAGCCUGGGUUGAAACGCUGAAGAAGAAAAGCGGUGGGAGUUCAGGGGCUGACUGGGUAGGAGGGAUAGCCAGACUGACCAAUGGGAACCGGGAAGCUGGCUCAGGUGCUGCUGGGAUGGGCGGCCAUGUGCCUGGGGGCAGUCCAGGUGGCUUGCGCUCAAACCGGAAAUGGGCCAUACCAAGCCAGUCGCUUUACCGGCGCUGUGGAGCAGAGAGAGGUGCAACGGGUCCGGCGUCGGGGCCAAGAGACUCUGAGAGGGCCCAAUGUGUGUGGCUCUCGCUUCCAUUCAUACUGCUGUCCAGGCUGGAAGACUCUGCCAGGAGGGAACCAGUGUAUCGUUGCAAUUUGCAGGAAUUCCUGUGGCGAUGGCUUCUGUUCCAGACCUAAUAUGUGUACCUGUUCCAACGGUCAGCUCUCGCCCAGCUGUGGAGCAGGAGCAGGAGUUCAGUCCUGUAACGUAAGGUGUAUGAAUGGGGGAAGCUGCUCGGAGGACUCAUGUUCCUGCCCAAAGGGCUACACAGGCAGCCACUGUGGACAACCGGUGUGUGAGAACGGCUGCCAGAACGGUGGGCGCUGCAUUGGACCCAACAGAUGCGCCUGUGUCUACGGUUUCACUGGUCCACAGUGUGAAAGAGACUACAGGACUGGGCCAUGUUUCACUCAGGUGAACAACCAGAUGUGUCAGGGUCAGCUCAGUGGAAUCGUCUGCACCAAGACCCUCUGCUGCGCCACCAUUGGCCGAGCUUGGGGUCACCCCUGUGAGCAGUGCCCUGCCCAGCCCCACCCUUGCAGACGAGGUUUCAUCCCCAACAUCCGCACUGGAGCCUGCCAAGAUGUUGAUGAGUGCCAGGCAGUGCCAGGUCUGUGUGCAGGGGGAAACUGCAUCAACACUGUGGGAUCCUAUGAAUGUAAAUGUCCCGCUGGACACCGUCAGAGUGAAACCAGCCACAAAUGUGAAGAUGUUGAUGAAUGCAGCAGCAUCCCCGGUGUGUGUGAUGGAGGAGAAUGUACCAACACUGCUGGUAGCUACGUCUGCACCUGUCCACGAGGCUACAUCUCCAGCACAGACGGCUCCAGAUGUGUGGAUCAGCGUGUGGGAACCUGUUUCUCUGCUCUGGCCAAUGGUCGUUGUGCUGCAGAGCUGAGCGGUCAGUACACCAAGAUGCAGUGCUGCUGUGACACCGGCCGCUGCUGGGCUUUGGGACAGAUCCCAGAGAUGUGUCCUGUCAGGGGGUCUGAUGAGUUCAGGCGCCUGUGCAUUGUGGGUGUUCCUCAAGGACCUGGUGUCCCUCAUGGUUUUCCUAAUGGACACUUUCCCAACACCAAUGGCAAUGGAUUCUACUAUGGAUACAAGUCCCCCAGUGUACCGAACGGCAAUGGCAACGGAGGCAUCGGGGGCAAUGGAGGUGGCGGAGGAGGCUUCGGAGGGAAUGGUGGGGGAUUUGGUGGAAAUGGUGGCAACGGAGGGGGACUAAACCACCAGCAGAUUAGUUCAGUUUCAGUGAAUGACACUGUGGAUGUGUGCAAACAUUUCACCAACCUGUGUCUGAAUGGACGCUGCAUUCCCACACCACCCAGUUACCGGUGUGAGUGUAACAUGGGCUACAGGCAGGACAUACGUGGGGAGUGUAUCGAUGUGGAUGAAUGUGUGAGUAAUCCGUGUAUCAAUGGAGACUGUGCCAACACACCUGGAUCUUAUCACUGCAAAUGCCAUGAGGGUUACCAGGGAACUCCUACCAAACAGGCCUGUAUUGACAUUGAUGAAUGUAUUGUGAAUGGAGUGAUGUGCCGCAAUGGUCGCUGUGUCAACACAGAAGGAAGCUUUCAGUGUAUCUGCAAUGCUGGUUUUGAGCUUACUCCUGAUGGAAAGAACUGCAUUGAUCACGAUGAGUGUGCCACCACGAAUAUGUGUCUCAAUGGCAUGUGUAUCAACGAAGAUGGCAGCUUUAAGUGUAUCUGUAAGCCUGGUUUCGCCUUAGCCCCCAAUGGACGCUACUGCACUGAUAUCGAUGAGUGUCAGACACCAGGCAUCUGCAUGAAUGGCCGCUGCAUCAACUCUGAGGGCUCCUUCCGCUGCGAGUGUCCUCCAGGCUUGGCUAUCGAUGUGGAUGGGAGAGUGUGUGUGGACACACACAUGAGGACCACCUGCUAUGGAGCCAUAAAAAUGGGCACAUGUUCACGGCCGUUCCCCGGUGCAGUGACCAAAUCAGAAUGCUGCUGUGCCAAUCCUGAACAUGGCUUUGGAGAACCCUGCCAGCCCUGCCCCUCCAGAAACUCAGCUGAAUUCCAAGCUGUAUGUAGUAGUGGUAUUGGUAUCACAGCAGAUGGCAGAGAUAUCAACGAGUGUGCCCUGGACCCAGACAUCUGUCAGAACGGCAUCUGUGAGAACCUGAGAGGAAGCUAUCGCUGCAUUUGCAACAGUGGUUACGAGUCUGACACCAGUGGCAAAAACUGUGUUGAUAUCAACGAGUGCCUGGUGAAUCGUCUGCUCUGUGACAACGGCCUGUGCAGAAACACUCCCGGCUCUUACACCUGCUCCUGUCCCAAAGGCUUCGUCUUCAAGCCAGACUCAGAAACAUGCGAAGAUAUCAAUGAAUGUGAGUCCAGCCCGUGCAUCAAUGGCGCAUGUCGUAAUGUGGCCGGGUCCUUCCACUGUGAAUGCACCCAUGGCAGCAAGUUGGAUUCCACCAACACCAUCUGCGUGGACAGUAUGAAGAGUACUUGCUGGCUGACGAUACAGGACAACCGCUGUGAGGUGAACAUCAAUGGCGCAACGCUGAAGUCUGAGUGCUGCUCGACUCUGGGUGCUGCCUGGGGAAGCCCCUGUGAACCCUGCGAGAUAGACACCGCCUGCUCUCGAGGAUUUGCUCGUAUGAAAGGGCUCAUCUGUGAAGACAUUAAUGAAUGUGAAGUGUUCCCCGGAGUGUGUACAAAUGGCCGCUGUGUGAACACUCAGGGCUCGUUCCGCUGCGAAUGCGCUGAGGGCCUCACCUUGGACAGCACCGGUCGCACAUGUGUGGAUAUGCGCAGCGAGCAGUGCUACAUGAAAUGGCACGAGGAUGAAUGUGGCGCACCACUUCCAGGGAGGUACCGUGUGGACAUGUGCUGCUGCUUAGUCGGUGCUGCCUGGGGCAUUGACUGUGAGGAAUGUCCCAAAGAAGGAACGGCUGAAUACAGAGCCAUCUGUCCCAGAGGACCCGGCUUUGCCAACAGGGGAGAUAUUCUAACCGGAAGACCUUUCUACAAAGAUGUGAAUGAGUGUAAGGUGUUCCAGGGUCUGUGCACUCAUGGGACCUGCCGUAACACCAUCGGCAGUUUCAAGUGUCGAUGCAACAGUGGCUUUGCUCUGACAGCUGAAGAGAGGAACUGCACAGAUAUCGAUGAGUGUCGUAUUUCCCCCGACUUGUGUGGCCACGGUACCUGUGUCAACACACCUGGCAGCUUUGAGUGUGAAUGCUUCGAGGGCUACGAGAGUGGAUUCAUGAUGAUGAAGAACUGCAUGGACAUUGACGAGUGUGAGAGGAACCCACUGUUGUGCCGUGGAGGAACCUGUCUGAACACUGAUGGAAGUUAUGAGUGUGAAUGUCCCACAGGAUACUCACUGAGUACAGAUGGAUCUGCCUGUGAAGAUGUGAAUGAGUGCCAGCUGAGCGACAACUUGUGUAAAAAUGGCCAGUGUGUCAACAUGCCUGGAACCUACCAGUGUUCCUGUGAUACCGGAUACCAGGCCACGCCAGACCGGCAGGGCUGUGUUGAUAUUGAUGAGUGUACCAUUAUGAACGGAGGCUGUGAAACACACUGUACCAACUCAGAGGGCAGCUACGAGUGCAGCUGCAGUGAAGGCUAUGCUCUCAUGCCUGACCUCAGGACCUGUGCAGAUAUUGAUGAGUGUGAGGAGACACCAGACAUCUGUGAUGGAGGCCAGUGUACCAACAUUCCUGGAGAAUAUCGCUGUUUGUGUUACGAUGGCUUCAUGGCUUCAAUGGACAUGAGGACCUGUAUCGAUGUGAACGAAUGCGAUCUCAACCCCAAUAUCUGUCUCCAUGGCGACUGCGAGAACACUAAAGGCUCCUUCAUCUGUCACUGUCAGCUGGGAUACUUUGUUAAGAAGGGAUCGACUGGCUGCACAGAUGUUGAUGAGUGUGAAAUUGGAGCUCAUAACUGUGACAUGCACGCUGCUUGCAUCAAUGUUCCCGGGAGUUUCAAAUGUCGCUGUCGUGACGGAUGGAUAGGAGAUGGCAUCAAGUGCAUUGACCAGGAUGAGUGCUCUGCAGAGGACCACAACUGCAACCCCAAUGCAGAUUGUGUCAACACCCCAGGAUCCUACAGAUGCACAUGCAAAGAGGGCUUCAAUGGAGAUGGAUUUUCUUGUUCUGACAUGGAUGAGUGUGCAGACAAUGUCAACCUGUGUGAGAACGGCCAGUGCCUGAACGCUCCAGGCGGAUACCGCUGCGAGUGUGAGAUGGGCUUCACCCCAACAGAAGACAGCAAAGCCUGUCAAGACAUCGAUGAGUGUAAUUUUCAGAACAUCUGUGUGUUCGGAACGUGCCAGAACCUUCCAGGGAUGUUCCGCUGUGUCUGUGAUGAUGGUUACGAACUGGACCGCAGCGGAGGAAACUGCACUGACAUCAACGAGUGUGCUGAUCCUGUGAACUGCAUCAACGGACUGUGUGUGAACACUCCAGGAAGCUACCUGUGUAACUGCCCAGCUGACUUUCAACUCAACCCAACUGGGGUGGGCUGUGUGGAUACCCGUGUGGGAAACUGCUUCUUCGACAUCCUCGCGCGAGGUGACGGAGGAAUUUCAUGCAGUGCAGAGAUUGGUGUGGGUGUUACUAGGGCAUCCUGCUGCUGCUCUCUGGGUGGAGCCUGGGGAAACCCCUGCGAACUGUGUCCUACACCCAACUCCACCGAAUAUAAGACUCUAUGUCCAGGAGGAGAGGGAUUCAGACCCAACCCCAUCACUGUUAUACUAGAAGAUAUUGAUGAGUGCCAAGAGCUGCCCGGUCUCUGUCAAGGUGGAAACUGUGUUAACACCUUCGGUAGUUUCCAAUGCGAGUGUCCAGCAGGCUACUAUCUCAAUGAGGAGAGACGCAUUUGUGAGGAUAUCGAUGAGUGCACCAGUCACAUUGGUAUCUGUGGGCCUGGAACCUGCUACAACACACUGGGCAACUACACCUGUGUGUGUCCUCCAGAAUACAUGCAGGUCAAUGGAGGAAACAACUGCAUGGACAUGAGGAAGAGUGUUUGCUACCGUAAUUUCAAUGACACAUGUGAAAACGAGCUCUCCUUCAACAUGACCAAGAAGAUGUGCUGCUGUGCUUACAAUGUUGGAAAAGCCUGGAACAAACCAUGUGAAGCCUGUCCUACACCUGCUACCACUGAAUACCAGUUACUGUGCGGUAACCAGGCUCCAGGUUUCAUCAUUGACAUCCACACUGGAAAGCCCGUUGAUAUUGAUGAGUGCAGAGAGAUCCCUGGUAUUUGUGCCAAUGGUGUGUGCAUCAACCAGAUUGGCAGCUUCCGCUGUGAAUGUCCCAUGGGCUUCAGCUACAACAACAUACUACUCAUUUGUGAAGAUAUCGAUGAGUGCAACAGCGGGGACAACCUGUGCCAACGAAAUGCCAACUGUAUCAACAUUCCAGGCAGCUACCGCUGCGAAUGCUCGCCAGGCUUCAAACUGUCCCCCAGUGGGGCCUGUGUGGACCGUAAUGAAUGCCAGGAGAUUCCUAACGUGUGCAGCCAUGGUGAGUGUAUCGACACACAGGGAAGCUACCGCUGUCUUUGCCACAAUGGCUUCAAGGCUACUACAGACCAGACCAUGUGCAUGGACAUCGAUGAGUGUGACCGACAGCCCUGUGGUAACGGCACCUGUAAAAACACAGUGGGAUCCUACAACUGCCUCUGCUUCCCUGGCUUUGAGCUCACACACAACAAUGACUGCAUGGACAUAGAUGAGUGCAGUGCUCUGCAGGGUCAGGUUUGUAGGAACGGACAGUGUAUCAAUGGACUUGGCUCCUUCCAGUGUCUCUGCCAUGAAGGUUAUGAAAACACUCCAGAUGGGAAGAACUGUGUCGAUAUCAAUGAGUGUGUGAGUCUGCCAGGCACUUGCUCUCCAGGAACAUGUCAGAAUCUGGAUGGAUCCUUCAGAUGUAUAUGCCCACCUGGCUAUGAAGUGCAGAAUGACCAGUGUAUAGAUAUUAACGAGUGUGAGGUGGAGCCCAACAUCUGUCAGUUUGGCACCUGCACCAACACCCCUGGCAGCUUCCAGUGCACCUGCCAGCCUGGCUUUGUACUGUCUGACAACAAACGGCGCUGCUAUGAUACCAGAGAGAGUUUCUGUUUCACCAAAUUUGAAGCAGGAAAAUGCUCUGUGCCAAAGGCUUUCAACACCACCAAGGCAAAGUGCUGCUGCAGUAAGAUGCCUGGUGAGGGCUGGGGGCUUCCCUGUGAGCUGUGCCCGCGAGAGACUGAGGCUGCUUUUGACACUUUAUGUCCCUACGGCCAUGGAGCCCUGCCUGGACCGGAUGACACCAGAGAAGAUAUGAAUGAGUGUCUGGAUAAUCCGGGUAUCUGUCAGAACGGUAUCUGCAUCAACACAGAUGGUUCCUUCCGCUGUGAAUGUCCAUUUGGAUACAACCUUGAUUACACUGGAGUCAACUGCAUUGACACUGAUGAGUGUUCCAUCGGAAACCCAUGUGGAAAUGGGACAUGCACCAAUGUGGUGGGAGGUUUUGAAUGUUCUUGCCAGGAGGGCUUUGAACCAGGACCAAUGAUGACCUGUGAGGACAUUAAUGAGUGCUCCCAGAAUCCUCUACUCUGUGCCUUCCGUUGCGUCAACACCUUUGGUUCUUACGAGUGCAUGUGUCCGUCUGGUUAUGUGCUACGAGAUGAUCAGCGCAUGUGCAGAGACCAGGAUGAGUGUGCAGAAGGUCUGGAUGACUGUAACUCUAAGGGCAUGACCUGUAAGAACCUGAUUGGUACCUUCAUGUGUAUCUGCCCACCUGGUAUGCAGCGCCGACCAGAUGGAGAGGGAUGUAUGGAUCUGAACGAGUGUCGUGCCAAACCUGGCAUCUGUAAGAACGGGCGUUGUGUCAACACAGUGGGGAGUUACCGCUGCGAAUGCAACGACGGCUUUGAGCCCAGCUCCACUGGAACCGAGUGUAUUGACAAUCGCAAAGGCUACUGUUACAUGGAGGUUUUGCAGACCAUGUGCCAGCAGUCGUCCACAAACAGGAACAGUGUGACCAAAUCUGAGUGCUGCUGCAAUGCAGGCCGAGGGUGGGGGACACAAUGUGAGCUCUGUCCACUGCCUGGUACCGUCCAGUACAAAAAGAUGUGUCCACUUGGACCUGGCUACACCACCGAUGGAAGAGAUAUCAAUGAGUGUCUGGUGAUGCCAGAUCUGUGUCAGAACGGUCAGUGCAUCAACACCAUCGGAUCCUUUAGGUGCCACUGUAAUGUGGGCUACAAAACUGACUUCACUGCAACCUCAUGUGUUGACAUGGAUGAAUGCGCUCUGUCUCCGAAGCCCUGUAACUUCCUGUGUAAAAAUACAGAGGGCAGUUAUCUGUGCUCCUGUCCCAGAGGAUACAGCCUGCAGCCAGAUGGAAAGACCUGCAAAGACCUGGAUGAGUGUUCAACCAAGCAGCAUAACUGUCAGUUCCUCUGUGUCAACACUAUUGGAGGAUUCACCUGCAAGUGUCCUCCAGGCUUUACACAGCACCAGACAGCCUGUAUCGACAACAAUGAAUGUGCAGCUCAGAACAGCGCUUGUGGUUCCCGGGCUUCUUGUGUUAACACGCCUGGUAGCUUUAACUGUGAAUGCUCUAAAGGUUUCUCUUUGGACACCUCAGGCCUGGAGUGUGAGGAUGUGGAUGAGUGUAGCAGUAACCACCGCUGUCAGCAUGGCUGUCAGAACAUGCUGGGAGGUUACCGCUGUGGCUGUCCUCAGGGCUAUGUGCAGCACUACCAGUGGAACCAGUGUGUUGAUGAAAAUGAAUGUCAGGGAGGAUCGGUGUGUGGCUCUGCUUCUUGCUACAACACACUAGGCAGCUACAAAUGUGUGUGUCCCUCUGGAUUUGACUUUGAACACAACGGUGGUGGCUGCCAAGACGUGAAUGAAUGCACUAUGGGCAGCAACCCAUGUGUCUACGGCUGCUCUAAUACUGAUGGAGGUUACCUGUGCGGCUGUCCUGGAGGGUUCUACAGAGCUGGACAGGGUCACUGCAUCACAGGCUCAGGCUUCCCGGGCCAGCUCACCGACGGUGAUGACGAUGACAGUCUGUCUCCAGAGACCUGCUAUGAGUGUAAGAUUAACGGUGGAGGAAAGAAUGGGCGGCACAGACGCAACGCUGAUGAAAAUGCCAUCAAUCAGGAGCCUGUGGUGAGCAUGGCCAGUGUGGACACCCAGAACUCCAUCCCUAUGAACCUGUCUUUAGCGUCACUGCUGAACAAGGAGCCUCUCCUGGAGCUCCUCCCCGCCCUCCAGCCACUGGAGCACCACAUCCGCUAUGUCAUCACCCAUGGCAACACUAACGAACACUUCCGUUUGCUGGACCGCCGUGAUGGCAAGAGCGUUCUCAGACUGGGCAAGAGGCCACCUCCACCUGGAUCCUACAGGUUAGAGAUCACCAGCCUGCGACUGUUUGGGCCACGGAGACUACACCAGCUGGAGGAGCAGCAUGACACUGACUACCUACAAGGGGAGAUAGGAGACGCCCUGCGCAUCAAGCUCCACAUCCACCUGCACUGAGCUGAAAAGUGUGCUUCCAGUGCUGCCCUGGACUGAUUCCUGAAGCCUGAACCCCUUUUAUUUUGACCUUUAAUCUAACACUCCCUCUCCCCCAACAUCUUUUCAGGACCAUUACCACCAACAGGAGGGAAUCAAGGGCUAUUAAAGACUGAUUCAAUCAGCCUGACUCUACCACCACUUUGUUACUGUUCAUGGUAUUAUACAGUAUGUUUUUAUUUUUAAUAUACCCUGUGCUCAUCCACUCCUUUCUGACCCAGCACUCAUUCUCCACUGAAAGAGCCAGAGGAGGAGAUGACAAAGAGCUGCCCAGUCCUUGACCACGGUCCUCCUAGUGUAUCCGAGUCCAGAUGAAAUGGCACAGAUGGCCCAUAAGUCCAUGAAGCACUUUUGUAGACAUGUAAAGCAAAGAAUCACACAUUAGCAGAGAAGUGCUGAGAGCGGCCAAAGCUGCCUAUUACGCAUCAUGUAUGGUAGUAUUUAAAUCACAGCACAGCAGAUGGCAGUUCAUCUACAAUAUAUUGUUUGUUUAGUGGGAGAAAGUGAUUUAUGAAGGGGGUCAGGUGCUGUCUUGGUGAUCCGAGGACUUGUUCACCUCUCUGUCAUCUCGGUAUAAAUCACAACACUGGGGAACAAGAUGUUUUUGUCCACACCCCUCUCAGUAUUGUAUUGUGUCAUUUAAUGUAUUUGUUUUGAAAUCGUAAACACGAAGGACUGCAACAUUUACACAGCAUUUCAGGUUCUUAUUCAAGGCUGUAGCGGUCCAUUUCUAGCUGGACACCAAACCCAAGGAACAGUAAACUGUAUGUGACCGACACCGGUCCUGCCCAUCGGCAGCGACCAGCAGGGAUUAGUGUGUUUGCAUGUGUGUGCUGUCAUGUGGGGGUUAGCUCAGUACUUCUCACCGUGUGUGGACACCAUGCUGUGAUGCUCACUUUAAAACAAAAGAGGGUGCUAGAGUGCCUCGGCAUCUGUCUUCAUGAGCAGGGAGUAACUCAUAGGCUUUUAAGAUCGAUCAGGUCAUGUUUUGCAAUUGUUCUUUAGGGAAAAAGACUUCAGGUGCACUGAUUCUGGACCUGAGAGUCCCGAGUCCAAAGUCUUUUUUCUUUUGUCAAGAGGUUUUAACUUCUCUCUGGUACAGUUUACUAAAGAAACGCCUUUGGAGAACAGAGCUGUAGAUAAAUCUACAAUAAGACUAAGCUGACUUUAUCUGACUUAUGUGACUUUCUGUCGUCUUGGCCUUGUUUACACCAUGAGACACACAGUUAUGGUCUCAAAGGUACAUGAUGGAGGAUGCUAACAUUACCUAAAGCUGUAAUGCAUCACACACCAGUUUGAGGGCACACACAGGUGAACACCAAACCUCACAAAAACAUAUCUUUCAGGUCAUCAUUCAACUAUCAUGAAUUUUUUUUUCCUCUCAAAGAGGAAAGAAGGUGCUAGUUAAUACCAUCUAUCUCUGUACAAAGGAAGUGCAGUCUUGAAUCUGGAUUGCAAUUUUUUUUUUUUUUUUGCCAGGUUUUUAUUGUUGUGUUUGUCUUUUGUUUUGUCUCAGUGCUGAAAAACCAUUAUUAUCAAACUUGCUUCUUGAAAAUUAAAUUGUAUAUUUUUAAGUGAAAUGUAGAUUUUUUUUUUUUCUUUUUUUAUGUCAAGGCUGCCAAAAAAAAAGUAAUACACAAAGUAAAAGUUGUGAUUGAAGGUCAUAAACGUUGUUGAAAAAACAGAAAAACUGUAUCACAUCACAUGUAAAGAUAAGUAACAUUCCCAUUGCAUAUUAUCUGCGUAACUUGUCUGUACAAUCCCAUAAGGAUGAAUGAAACUUGACCGUCAGAUCUGAUGCCAAAUAAUCAUGUUUUUCUCUGAAUAUUCAAUGUUGCUGCACUGUUCUACAGCCUAGGCAAUGUUUAUAAUAUAUAACCAUUUUCUAACCUGGGGACCUUUGUAUACUUGUAUCUUUAUUGUCAGUUUGUAAUUUUUCUUUUUAUUUGCCACUAUGUUUAAAGAAAAAGCAGUGUGUUGCGUGUGCUUACUGUAUCUCAGCUUCAGUGUGAAACUUGAAACGUAUCUGUCAUUAUCUGCUUGCAUCAGAACGCUUGUUGAUGCCAGUCUCACUGAAAGCUAAAAUGACAAUCACCUGGUCACACCUCAUGUACAAGCUGAGUAUCGACAAAACAAUCAACCUUCAUUGGAAGUGUUUUACAAAUUCUAAAUGAUCAAAACCAAAGAUUUCUGACACAAAGUGGCAGUCUGUAAAAUAAGAGCAAUCAAUUAUAACUUCUUUGUCCAGUGACAUAAACGGCAAUAAAGUAUUGUGCGUUAUAUUUUUAA